ACACUUUCCAUCACAUUUUAAUGUCCGCCAAGUCCCUACUCUUGAAUUGAUUUUUCACUCUUCAGUUUCAGAGUCUAACCUUUUCCAAGUUCCAACCAGACAGAAAGACGAAAUGUGAAAGCACUCUUCACGAUGCCCAAGGCGCCACCGCCACUAAUCUACUAUCUCUCGGAGCACCCCUCCAUCGUGGGGUUCCGGUGGAGCCAUGCCCAAUCAUGGGGCGCCACGUGGUCCUUCCUCUUCUAUUCCAUCGCCACCUACCUCAUCCUCUCGCUCUUCCUCCACCUCUCGCUUGUUCUUUUCCGCCGCCACCGUCCCAUCCCCAUCGGCCCCCUCGCGGCACUUCACAGCCUCUCCAUGUCCCUCGCCUCCGUCACCAUCUUCGCCGGAAUCCUAAUAUCUACCGCCGCCGAGAUCCGCGACACCCGGUGGUUCUGGCAGCGGUCCAAAACCCCACUGGAGUGGCUCCUCUGCUUUCCUCUGGGAACCCGCCCCUCCGGCCGCGUCUUCUUCUGGUCCUACGUCUAUUACCUCUCCCGCUUCCUCCACAUGUUCCGAACCCCUCUCACCAUCCUACGACGCCGCAGGUUGUCGUUUUUCCACCUCCUGAACCACUCCAUCUCCGCUUUCGCUUCCUUUCUCUGGCUGGAAUUCUCGCAGUCCUUUCAGGUCCUGGCCAUCCUCUUCGCCACCCUUGUCUACGCCCUCGUUUACGCCUACCGCUUCUGGACCGCCAUAGGUCUGCGCGGCGCGUGCUUCCCCUUCGUCCUCAACUGCCAGAUCGCGCUCCUCGCUUGCAAUGUGGCGUGUCACGUCGGCGUCUUCUUCCUCCACUUCUUCUUCAAAGGCGGCUGCAACGGGAUUGGCGCGUGGCUCUUCAACUGCGUCCUGAACCUCGCUCUUCUCACGCUCUUUCUCAACUUCUACGUGAGGAUGUACGUCGGAAAAAGAAGAAUGCUGAGGAGCGUUGCUCCUUCGCUUGCGGAAGCGCGUGACUUCAAAUAAGUUGAACUGUAAAAUGAAAAUUAAAAAUAAGACACAGGUGGUUGCAGUUUGGGUCCCAAAGUGUUUUGUCCUUUGGUAAUGUUGAUGAUCACUUUUAGUACAUAAUAGAUGAACGAAGAUGUUAUUACACAAUAGAAGUAAAUUGUAACUUUUUCUUUUAAAUUUUGAGUACUAAUUAUGAUUUUUUACAUAAUAUAUAUUUUUUGUGUAUUA